GUGAAUAGCUCUUUACUAAAUAAAGCCCUGGUAUUUAUAAAAUGAUGUCAUUGGCUAUAACUCCAACACAGUACAAUAAAUUGAAGUUUUGUUAAAUUAAUUAUGAAAAAUAAAAUUGCAGAAACCAUAAACCAAUAAAUUCAUUAAAAUUUUAAUAGUUAAAAUCACUAAGUUCUUCAAAAACUUACUGGUUUGUGAGAUACAUGGGUCAUUCCACGCAAUAGGGAAAAUUUCAUAUCCCAGCCUCAUUUCUUAAAUAAAAUAUUGUCCAAUAAACGUGACAAUUUUUUUAAUACUGUACUAUAAAUUGUUUUAAAAGACAGUAAACUUAAAAUGUCAGAUAAUUUAAAAAAUAUAUUUUUAAAAAAAUAGUUUAGCCUGGAAAUAUCAUUCCCUCACUGUUCCCCAACCACAGUUAACAUGUUGUGACACAAUUUAUUUUUGAAAGUUAUGAGCAAUGAGAUUUCAUAAUUAUUAGGGUUAAUCCAAAUAAUUAAAUGUUUUAGAAAAUGUGUACAUUUAAUUUUUCCUACCUAUCAUCUUAAAAAUAAAAAAAAUUAAAUUAUGUCCCCAUGUUUGGGUAUCAUUCCCUCACAUCUCUAUGUUAACUAAUUUUCUGGCCAGUAGAUGCCUAUGAAGGCUAUUGCUAGUGAGUCAGUGAUAGCUAUUUUAGUUGUUGAUGUAAAGCUGUGAUAGUUGCAGGCUCAAUGAUGAUUAUUAAUUUUUUAUAUAUUUAAUAAGUUUUGAAAUUUCAUGAAUAUUUUUUCUACACAUCAUUCCCUCACAAAUCAUUAAUCAGCUCUGUAAUGAAUGCAAAAGAGGAAGAAAAAUGCUUUGUGCUCCCACAAUCUGCAAGUAGUUUAGAAGACAAUGUAAUGAAAGUAAUAGAAAUACCGACAGAAGGGUCAGAGAAACAAAAUGUUCUUUUAGUCAAACAAAAUGGUAUAAUAUCUGCAUUGAGUGCUAAAUGUACCCAUUAUGGAGCACCUAUGAAAGAUGGGGUUUUGGGUGAUGGAAGAAUUAGGUGCCCGUGGCAUGGUGCAUGCUUUAACUCCAAGACUGGUGAUAUUGAAGAUGGACCUGGAUUGGAUUGUUUACAAUCUUUCCGGGUUGAAGUGAAUGAAAAUGCUGUUUCCAUCUGGUACUCUCGCAGUAAGUUGGCAGAACAGAAGCGUAUCAAAGAAAUGGUCGCGGGCGACCCCAAUAUUUAUGACAGUGAGUCAUGUGUGGUGAUUGGUGGAGGAGCUGCUGGCUCAGCGUGUGUAGAAGGUUUGCGACAAGAAGGUUUUCGAGGCAGGAUUGUUCUUUGUUCGGAUGAGCCUUAUCACCCGUAUGACCGAAUAAAAAUAAGCAAACUUAUUAAUGCCAAAAUUGAUACCAUGUUGCUGCGGAAGGAUUCAUUUUAUAAGGAGCAUGACAUAGAAGUACUGACCAAUGACCGAGUGCUUAGUGUAGAUGACAAAAAUUGCACAGUACACCUCAACAGUGGGACCAAACUUCAUUACAGUCAUUUGUUCAUAGCAUCUGGGUGCAAUUCCCGUAAACCCUCAUACCCAGGAAUAGAGCUAAACAACAUAUUUUACCUGAGGAACUUCUCAGACAAAGAGAAAAUUUCUGUUGCAGUGACAGAAAAUGUGAAGCUUGUCAUUUUGGGAACAUCAUUUAUUGGCAUGGAAAUGGCAAGUUUUUACAUUGGAAAAGUGAAGCAAAUUACGGUUAUUGGAAGUAUACCAUUUCGAAGAACAUUGGGGACUGAAAUAGGCCUGAAGAUAAAGAAAAUGCUGGAAGCCAAAGGUGUAACCUUCAUCUUGAAUAACUUGCCAUCGAAACUGACAUCAGGAGACAAAAAUGAUGGUAUUCUGAGGAGUCUAGUCCUCACUGACGGAACUGUGGUGGAAGCAGAUGUUCUUUUGAUUGCAAUCGGAUCAGUUCCAGCAACUGAUUUCUUGAAGACAUCCAACAUCAAACUGGCAGAAAGUGGUCAUGUUAUAGUGAAUAAGUAUUUGGAAACGAAUGUGGCAAAUGUGUUUGCUGGCGGUGAUGUGGCCAUUGCUCCUCUCUAUGAUGGUCAUUCCACAUGUGGGCACUGGCAGCUCGCUCAGUAUUGUGGCAAGUUGGCUGCUAAAAACUUAGUGCACAAAAAUCACUCAGAAAUUUCCACUGUUCCUUUCUUCUGGACAAAGAUUUUAGACACAAAUAUUCGCUGUUCAGGUGUCUUUGAGAAUUAUGACCGCAUACAAUUAAGCGAAGAUGAUGAAAAUGAAAAAAAUUUUAUUGCUCAUUUCUGCAAGAAUGGGAAGAUUUAUGGUGUUGCUGCUUCUGGUUCCAAAGCUUCUUAUGCAAUAGAGUUUGCUGAAAAGUUGGCUGUACAUGGUCCAACCUUAGACCUGUAAUACUCAUGUGCCGUGUGCAUUAUCCAAUCCUAGACCUGCAAUGCUCAUGUGAACUAUGCAUGGUUCAACCUUAGGCCUGGAAUGCUCUUAUGACUUAAUUAUCUCUAAGCCUGAGCAAAGCUGCAGUUUUUUAAAUAAUAUGUACAUUAAACUAGCUAGAUAUGGGUAUUGGAAGUAAGAUGAGUAUAUGGUUCUAAAACCAGUUGCAUAUAAAAACUUAAGCGUAUAUUAAAAUCACCUUCACUCAGAUUUUCUGUGACAAAAUUUAUUUUUAUACAGCACAGAAAACUAUUAACUGCUCAGUCAGAACUUAACUGCAAUAAUUUAAAUGAGUACAUUCUUAAAUUUACAAUUCUGAACAGAAUUGUAUAGAUUUUGCUUUAGUCCCUAGCCCCAUCACUAUACUAAACUUUAAUUUAUUUAAAGUUUCUGGAAAUGUCAAAAAAUGCUUAAAAAAAACUAUUGUGAUUUGAAUCCAUAACCAAAAGCUUUGCUUAGGACUUUAAAAUGUACUUAAUUUGUUGAAAUAGGUAAAUAAUUUGAAAUCAGGGUAUCUGCAGGCCACGAGAAGUAACAAAACUAAGGACUGUUCACAAAAAUUCACAAAAGGUCCUGAAACAAACAGUAAUGAUGCUGGAAGUCAUGAAACCUAAAUAUCCAGCAGCUUUUUGCUAACUUCCAUUUUGUUUUUUGAUGCCUUACUUAGGUUUUAGUUACACAUUAAAUAUAAAUAGUUUGUGACAGUCUACUUAAAACACGUGGAAAUUAUUUGUGAAUAGGUUUUAGCUUUAGAAAAUACAAAUUGGUGAGUUCCUAAAAAUAAUAGUUCUAUUUUGUAUUAUGUAUGUAUAAGUUUGCUUAUUAUACACAAAAAAUGACUCUUGUAGUAAAUCAAAGUUUAAAAAAAAAUUUAUCGAAGGUCCUGAAAAAGUUUUGAAAUCGGUUCACCAGGUAUUUGUAGACAUCCUGAAAAUUUUUAAUUUCUGUAGCAUUUAUAUAUUUCAUUUAAAAAAUUUUUUUUUUAAUUUAAUAAUUUGUUGCAUUUAAAUGGUAAAUGAAUUUACCAUACUCUACAACCUCAAUGACAGUAUUAUCUUUUCACCAAUAUGUAUUUAAAUUUUACUUGUCAAUGGAGUAUGAUUUUUUUUUGUACACCAUUACAUCUUUACUAACAGUAUUAGUUGGUCACUUAGAUGAUCUUGCAUUUUGAGCUAAGAUGCCUGCAUUAAGCAAGCCAUCAUAAGUACCCAAUCAGCCUUUGGUUUAAUUUGACUCAAAGUUAUAAAAAGAAUAUUUAUUUGCACAAAAAAAAUUUAUAUAGUUUGUAAAUACAAUUAGGAACACAUACAAAUUCAAAUGUGCUUGCUUGAAUAUGUGCAACUGGCUGAUAAAACUUGAAUUUACAAGAAAUACAUUUGAGCAUAUAUUAUAACUCCAUGUGCAUACACAAAAUGCACAUACAUGUGAUGCACCAGACAUACAAACACACAAACAAUAUGUCCAUACACAAGUAAUGAUUGGAGAAUGUUGGAGAGGUAUGGAGAAUAACAAUAAGGUUCAGGAAUUCCUAAUUAUAGUGCUUAUUGUAAUGCAAUGUACUGCCCAUGCAUUUUCCUCUUAAUGUUCCUUAAGUGAUUGUUCUUCCCCUCAAUACUCUUUUAACACUUUUGCUGGGUAUAUUUCCAUUUCUGUCAGACAGAUCAUAAACCCAAAUGACCCAUAACUUUCAACUAGCAGCUCACAUAUACAAUAUAUAUUUUCUUUGGUGUACAGGGGGGAAAAUCUGAGGUUAUACCAUUGGCGUAUUAAUUUAUUUCAAUAGUUCAGAUUGCUUUGAAUAAAAGAUACUACUGAUUGAAUGCCUGGUAACACAUUGUUUAAAAAAAAUGUGUGAAACCAAUUUCCACAUUACCUUUAGCAAAAUGCAUAUUCAAAAUCCUUUUCCAUUGGCUUCUUAUAGGUUCAGAGGAUGAACUAUUGAAACAUUAAUUUCUUUCUAGUAGAUUGACAUCUUCCAAAUAAAAUGAUUCUCUUGAAGGCAAUGUGUGAUCUUCCAUCGCCACCAACAAACCGUGAAACACCGCUAUGUGAUGACCAUUUUCAAAGCAUUCUGGUGGCAAAUUAGGGUAUUUUAGUUUAUUUCAAUUGGUUGAUAGCUUGGAAUGAAAGCACAGCUCAGAAAUGACUGUUGAAACUCCCCAAAUCACAAAAACAAUGACAUGAACGUAGUGACAUGUGAUCAAUUAAUUUACCUGGAGAAAAUAAACCUGAGAGAGAUGCACACUGACAGAGUGUAGAGUACUGGUAUAUUUUCAGCAGAUGGGAUUAGAAAUUUGUUAAAUUUAUGUUACUUGUACAUUACUGCUUAGUAUUACCUACUGUAAAAGUUGUAUGGUGUUUUAUUCUUGCUAUUUAAUAACUUCCAAUUUAGUCUGAUUGAAUGAACACAAAAAUGUGGUUAUAAUUUGAACCAAAAGACUAAGUUUCAAACAGUACAUCACAAAUACUUUAGUUGUAAGUUGUAAAUUUUUUUGACACAGAAUAGUAGCAUGUUAAGUUUGAAAUGAUUUAUUUUACUGUAAGCAUACAUCUGUAAACAUCAUUCACAAAUUUGUUUGUCUUGUAUGUUGAUGUGUUAUAAAGCUUGUAUUGACAAUAAACAAAGUAUGAGAUUAAUUUAUUUCUCGAAAAAUUC